GUCGGUGGAAGUGGCAACAUCAAUUUAUUCAUAUCAGAUUGUCAUUUACAUCGGUGGAUAAAAUGAAUCAAAGACGACUGGACAGGUGAACUCUAUGGCCCCCCAGUCCUGGGGUUGACAGGAUGACGCCGGCUGCCCUCUUGGUGUUCUGCUCUUUGCUGACCAGGACGCUAUGUGUCAUAGCCCCGCAAAUACCAGUGGACUUCAAGACCGGUGACAAGAAAGUGAUCUCAGGCCCGUUCUGGCACGAAGUCUUCACGGAGACGUAUGAGGAGCACGAGGAGGAAAUAUCCACCACCACCUCGGAACCGCUGCCGUUCUUCGAGGAUGACGCUUCAACUAACAACGUGACGGCGCAGCUGGGCAGCCGAGUGCAUUUGCACUGCAGGGUCCAUGAUUUGGGGGAGAAGACGAUAUCCUGGGUCCGACGGAGAGGUGAAGAGUUACAUCUUCUGUCAUUCGGUCGACACACGUACUCGGCUGACUCCAGAUAUUCCCUAGCCUUUGAGCAUCCGAAUGACUGGCGCCUGCUCAUUCAGUACGUGAGUGAGAGAGACGAAGGAUUCUACGAGUGCCAGAUAUCGGCGCACCCGCCUUUAGUGAGGCGAGUGCAUCUUACUGUUGUUGUGCCAAAAGUGGAAAUCGUGGACGAGCGAGGGCGGCCCCUCCAAGACAAGUUCUACAAAGAGGGCUCCAUCAUCGAGCUCCGGUGUGUAGUCAGCGAGGUGCCCCAGCCGACGAGACAGGUCAAUUGGAAGCACGGGCCGAGGCUGCUGAAUUAUGAUACGAAGAGGGGUGGAGUCAGCGUGAAAACUGAGGCGACAUCUAACGGCGCUCUCUCAAGACUCUACAUCGCGAAUGCGAAUAGAAACGACUCUGGAAACUACAGCUGUUCCUUGGCGGACGUAGCGACGUCUGCCGUCACCGUACACGUGCUGAAAGGAGAAAAUCCACUCGCAAUGCAGCGGGGCUCCGCUGCAAUGUCACAUCCAUCGAUCGUCUUCAUCGUAUGCCUGCUCAGCUGA